AUGUCCCUGGCAACAGCAGCAAAACAAACCCUCCUCAAUCCGCAAACCUGGCCGACCUCCAUCUGGGUCCUCCUCCUCACGGGUCUCGCCUACGCCGUCGGCUUCCUCGCCUACCGUCCUUCCUUUCCGCGGAAUGCGCCAAAGGUGUUUCGCGGGUACCCCGUGCUCGGGACGCCGCGCUUCUUUACGGACCGGGGGAAUUUCCUGAGCGAGGGGGCGCGGUUUGGGCGGUUCGGGAACUGGAGUUUUUAUUUUGGCAAGAUGAGGAUCGUUGGGUUGUCGGGGGAUGCUGGGCGGCAUGUGUUUUUUGAGAGUCGGGAUUUGGAUUUUACAAAGGGAUACGGCGCCCUCUUCAACGCGACCCCGCGCAUCGACGUAGCCAAAAACAGCCAAGCCGAAGAAGACAGCUUCGGCGUAAAAUUCAACCGCAACCUCGUCAAGCUCCUCCGCAAAGAACUCCUCGACACGCGCCUCCCGCUGCUCAUCAAAGACACGCGCGACACGAUGGACGAACUCGCGUCCCGCAUCGGCAAGACCACACUCCCCAUAGCGGCCGGUAGCAUCGGCGCAACGGAGGGCAUCAGCGACCCGUUCGAAGACAUGUACCGCCUCGUCUUCAAGCUCACCAUGCGCAUGGUGGGCUGCGACGAGAUUGCGGAAGACGAGGACCUGCUUCAGCGCGUGCUGCGGAUUUUCGAGGGGAUCGAUGGCGCGAGCACGGCGACAAAGGUGAUGUUUCCUUGGAUGCCGACGGUGGGGCACUUGAGGAGGGUGUACAGCGGUGCGCAGAUGUACAUGAUUCUGGAAAAGGUGAUUAAAGAACGAAAGGACCGCGGGGUUCCGGGGAGCGAUGCGCUGCAGUAUUUGAUGGAGAAUGGGGAUAGCACGGUCGAGAUGGUUGCGUUUAUCGUGGGCGCGCUGUUUGCGGGGUUGAUUAAUAGCGGGAUCAACGCCGCGUACCUGUUGUGCUUCCUGGCGACGGAGGAGAGGUGGUACGAGGAGAUUCAGAGGGAGGUUGACGGUGUGAUUGCGAAGCAUCGUCGGUCCGAGGAGGAGACGCCCGAGCAGAUUCUGGGAAGGCUUGAUAUGGAGACGUGGGAGGCCGAGUUCCCAAUGAUUGAUUUGGGGUUGAAGGAGACGAUUCGGCAUACGAUUACGGGGUGCGGUUUCCGGUAUAAUGGGAGCGGGAAGGAUGUUGCUAUUGGGGCCAGUGGUGAGGUCGUGCCGCAUGAUUCGUAUGUGGUGUAUCAUUUUGAUACGACGCAUAUGGAUCCGGGGUUCUUUCCGGAGCCGUUGCGGUGGGAUCCGGGAAGAUAUUUGCCUGGGCGGGAGGAGGAUAAGAAGGAUCCGCAUGCGUUUAUUGGGUGGGGUGCUGGAAGGCACCCGUGUCUUGGGAUGAGGUUUGCGAAAAUGGAAAUGGCUGUCACGACGGCGCUCUUCGUCGCGAGGUUCGAUUAUCACCUGGUGGACGCCAAGGGGAACAAGAUGGCGAGGGUGCCCCAGGAUUCGGUGGAUCGCAACAGGCACUCGGCGUCCAAGCCAAGGGAAAAGCUAUUGUUGAAGUAUUCGCUCAGGGCCUGA